CCCCGCCCCCCGCACGGCGCCCCCGCCCCUCGCUCACCCCGGCUCACUCCAGCGGCGACUUUGAGGGAUUCCCUCUCGGGCGGCCUCUGCAGCAGCACAUCUGGCCUCCUUCGCUGCACGGCGAGCAUGGAUCUCCGAGGAAGAGCCUUUCCCAGCGUCUACAGACUAAGAGUUCUCCUGAUGCUGUUCUAUACAAUGGCUCGAAUUACGGCAGAACAAGAAGUGGAAAAUCUCUCAGGCCUUUCCACUAACCCUGAAAAAGAUAUAUUUGUGGUGCGGGAAAAUGGGACGACGUGUCUCAUGGCCGAGUUCGCAGCCAAAUUUAUUGUCCCUUAUGAUGUGUGGGCCAGCAAUUAUGUCGAUCUGAUCACGGAACAGGCCGACAUCUCACUGACCCGGGGAGCUGAGGUGAAGGGCCACUGUGGCCACAACGAGUCGGAGCUGCAGGUGUUCUGGGUGGAUCGCGCGUAUGCGCUCAAAAUGCUGUUCGUAAAGGAAAGUCGCAACGCGUCCAAGGGACCGGAGGCGACGUGGAGGUUGAGCAAAGUCCAGUUCGUCUACGACUCCUCGGAGAAGACCCAUUUUAAAGACGCAGUCAGUGCUGGGAAGCACACGGCCAACUCACAUCACCUCUCUGCCUUGGUCACCCCAGCUGGGAAGUCCUAUGAGUGUCAAGCUCAGCAGUCCAUUUCACUAGCCUCCAGCGAUCCACAGAAGACAGUCACCAUGAUUCUAUCCGCAGUCCACAUCCAGCCUUUUGACAUCAUCUCUGAUUUUGUCUUCAGUGAAGAGCAUAAGUGUCCAGUGGAUGAGCGGGAGCAGUUGGAGGAAACCUUGCCCCUGAUUUUGGGGCUCAUCUUAGGCCUUGUCAUUGUGGUGACACUGGCGAUUUACCACAUCCACCACAAAAUGACUGCCAACCAGGUUCAGAUCCCUAGGGAUCGAUCCCAGUAUAAGCACAUGGGCUAGGGGCCAAUUAGGCAGCCAGCCCCCAAGACCCCCUCCCCAGCUGGAUCAGGUAGAGAAACAAAAGCACUUUUCCACCUUGUACAUGGGAUAUACCAACAUAGCUACAAUGCAACAGGCCUGGGUGUCCAAGGCUUGCUUGGCCUACGUCCAUGCUUAAACCUAGGGAAGGGGGGGAUUCUUUUGGAUUCAUGGGGUGAAUGGCAGAUGUUCUCUCCAUGCUGGGGAAUGAGGAGGGAGGAGUCAGCCAGCUUUCAUGCUCAUGGUGGCCUGGCUUUGACUCUCCAAGGAGCAACACAUACAACUCAGAGGAGUAUCUGGCUCCAAAGUUUAGGGAUGGAAAGACACUUCUUUUGGAAAGACACCCCUUUAGGUUCAGAGAAAUAGGGGGUGCUUUGCUCCCUUGGCCUACCUUAUACAGUUGUCAAUGCACACAAAAUACAGCCUCAUGCUCCCUAAGGCAAGACCCCUGAAAGUGAUCCAUGCUUUUGGCUGGCAUUCUGCAUGUCUAGUGAUUGUCUUGGGAAUGUUUCACUGCUACCUGCACCCAGUGACUUUGCAGCACAGAACCCGUUUAAUGUAACUAUGCAGAGCUGUUUGGACUUCAUAGUAUGUUGGGUCCAAGUGAGGGGACCUGAAGAAUCAAUCAUGUGAGUUUGUUUUUCAAAAUGAAUUAAAACACACUACUGUCUAA